CGGACAGGGUGCUGAGGCGGCGCCGCGGGGUGCGGACACGGACACGGCGCUGCGGGGCGCGGACAGGGUGCUGAGGCGGCGCUGCGGGGUGCGGGGUGCGGGACACGGCGCUGCGGGGCGCGGACAGGGUGCUGAGGCGGCGCUGCGGGGUGCGGGACACGGCGCUGCGGGACACGGCGCUGCGAGCUGCGGGGCUGCGGGGUGCGGGACACGGACAGGGUGCUGAGGCGGCGCCGCGGGGUGCGGACACGGACACGGCGCUGCGGGGCGCGGACAGGGUGCUGAGGCGGCGCUGCGGGGUGCGGGGUGCGGGACACGGCGCUGCGGGGCGCGGACAGGGUGCUGAGGCGGCGCUGCGGGGUGCGGGACACGGCGCUGCGGGACACGGCGCUGCGAGCUGCGGGGCUGCGGGGUGCGGGGCUGCGGGGUGCGGGACACGGACAGGGUGCUGAGGCGGCGCUGCGGGGUGCGGACACGGACACGGCGCUGCGGGACACGGCGCUGCGGGGCGCGGACAGGGUGCUGAGGCGGUGCUGCGGGGUGCGGGGUGCGGGACACGGCGCUGCGGGGCGCGGACAGGGUGCUGAGGCGGCGCUGCGGGACACGGUGCGGACACGGGGCUGCGGGACACCGGGCUGCGAGGGAUGCGGGACACGGACACGGUGCUGCGGGAUGCGGAGCCGUCGGUGCUGCCGGACUUGGUGCUGUGGGACACGGUGAUGCCGGACACGGUGCUGCGGGACACAGGGCUGCAGGACACGGAGCCGUCGGUGCUGUCUGACAUGGUGCUGCCAGACACGGUGCUGCUGCGGAUCCUGGCGCUGCUAUCGCCGAGGGACCGGCUGCGAGCGGCCCGGGUGUCCCGGCGCUGGCGGCGGCUGGCGCGGGACAGGGAGGUCUGGAGACACGUGGAUCUGAGUGAGGAGAGGCUGACCCCCCGGGCUCUGUGGGCGCUGGCUCGGGGGCCGCUGCUGCCGCCCGCGCGGGGGCUCCGGCUCCGGGGGUCUCUGUGCUCCGGCAGCCGCCUCCCGCCGCUGCUGUCCCCGGCUCUGGCGGCCGCGCUGGCUCGGAGCUGCCCCUUCCUCAGCAGCCUGUGGCUGAGCGAAGCCGACCUCAGGAAGGUCCCUUUCGCCUCGCUGCCCCCGACCCUGCGGACUCUGGAGCUGCAGAGAUGCGAGAUCCCGGCCGCGUGGUUCCGCGGCCCCGCGCGGCUGCGGCGCCUCGAGCUGUCGGACGUGCCGGCGUUCUCGGACCGGCACCUGCUGGCCGCGUCCUGCCACAGCCCCCUGAGCAGCCUGAGCCUGGCGGGGACCUACAGGCUGACGGACGAGGGGGUGACACGAGCAGCUCCUCACCUGCGGGGCCUGGAGCGGCUGCGCCUGAGCCGCUGCCCCCUGGGCGACGCCGCCAUCGCCGCCGUCUCGCGGCUCCCGCGGCUGCGGCACCUGGACAUCGGCGGCGCCGCCGCGGUGACGGCGCACGGCCUGGCCUCGGUGGCCGCGCUGCGGGAGCUGCGGGAGCUGCGGCUGGCGCUGAGCCCACGGCUGCCCCCGGGCUCGCUGCUGGCCGUGUGCCACGCGCUGCCGCGGCUGCGGCGCCUCGGCCUGGCGGGGGACGGCGUGAGCGACGGCGUCCUGGACACGCUGCGGGCGGCUUUCCCCCUGUGCAGCGUCUCACACGCAGCGUGAGGCGGGAGCUCGGCUGCUCCUCUCCUGGGGGCUCCCCUUUGCCUGCAGGGGGGGGUUUGGGCACUGGGUUUCUCUUCAGGCCAAACCAGCCACUGAGAGACAGAGCCCAGAGCACAAAGCUCGGUCAACACCCAGCUCCCAGCGCCCCCCGGCCCGUUGCAGACCCUGCCUGGGGGUGGAACCCCCCCUCACCCCGGCUCAGAGCUCGGGUGCCACUGUCCCAGGCAGCCAGGGUUGAGUGCAGCAUCUCACCUCCCUUCUCCAUCCCCCUUCUCCUUCCCUCCAGACCCACUUGGAAGUUAUUCUUGGGAAUGGUUUCCCCCACACCCCCAAGAGCCACAAGUGUUGCCUUUGCUUUUGUUGUGCUUCCUCAUCAGCUUUUAUCCUCCUCUUCCUCCCCCUCUGGCAGCAGAACCCCCCUGAGCCUCGUGGCUGUGCUCAGGCCCUGGAGCCAGCCCAGGGAGGGAGGGAUGAGGGUGACACAAAAAGUUGUGGGUAUUGAAUAAUAAAUGGCUUUUCCUAAA